AUGAGUGACACACUACAAGCUGCUCCCCAGGACAAUAGCCUACGCCGACUGUAUCCAGGCACUCGUCUAGAAUCUACAUUUGCAUGGCCAGUUGAAUCCUUGGAUGGACUCGACUCAUCGUUUGGCGUUGUCGAAUAUAUUCAACAGACAAUACGAUUAGACAAAAGUAAUGUCGAGCGUAUAGUGGACCUUCCUGAAACUGUUGACAGCCAGGUUUGGCAGUUUGAACAUUUAAGACAAGUGUGUUUAGAACUGUCACUUUUAGUGGUUGCUUUGGAACCCGAAUGCACUAUGGAAAAUUGCCCUGAAAUGAAAGCUGAAGGUUGGGUCUAUCUUUGUGCCGCGCAUCCAUCCACACAAUCGUGCCCUGCGAUUGAUUAUAUUAUACACACUCUCGAUGGCGCUGCUAUGCUGUUGAAUAACUCAAAAUAUUUUCCAAGCAGGAUAUCGAUCCCUGAACCAUCAUUGAAACAUUUCCAAUCUAUCGCCCGACGUCUUUAUCGAGUAUUUGCACAUGCUUAUUUUCAUCAUCGCGAAAUAUACCAAUCGUUUGAAAAUGAAACAUCGUUGUACGCUCGAUUUCUCUUACUUUCACAAACAUACAAUCUGAUCCCACCAAAACUUGUCACUAUCCCAAAUGAAAGCAGUAGCAACAACGACGAUAUGGAUGAGGAUGAUGAGUGCAAUGAAUAUAGUCGCGACCAACCACAACAGCAAUUGAAUAGCGAUGAUACUGAAACUGUUGUGUCAGCCAAUGGAGAUUAA